CCUGAGGGAGAGACGCGGGAGUGUGUAUACAUUGGCAGUUAUUUAUUUAUUGAGUGGUUUUGUUUGGGAUGAACGCUGGAGCUCUCGCUCACUUUGACACCAAGGAGCACGUUUUGAAGCUGGGCGGUAGUUUCGACAGGCAGCCCAAGUGCGGCUUUCACACCGUCCGCUAUGAUUUCAAACCAGCAUCCAUCGAUACUGCACGUGAAGGAGAUCUUGAAGUUGGUAAAGGGGAACAAAUCACAAUCACCUUUCCAAAUAUUGAGGGCUCAAUGCCUCCCAUCUCCGUGUUUAAAGGCUCAAAGAGACCUUACCUGAAGGAGUGCGUUCUCAUUGUGAAUCACGACACUGGAGAAUAUCGACUGGAGAAACUUAGCAGCAACAUCACUGUGAAGAAAACCAGGGCGGAAGGAAGUAGCAAAGUCCAAUCACGCCUUGAUCAACAGACCAACCGUCUGGGGCAACAAAUGCGCCUCAAUGCCAAGGCCUCCUUUGCAGCGAAGAAUUCUCCACCAAAGGAAAAAAUGUCACCAACUUCACAAAUGGAUGAUAUUGAACGAGAGCUGAUGGCAGAGGUUGGCACUAUGGACCAGAUGAGUAGCUCUGACAGUUUGUCUGAAUCUAAGGGCUCUUCAUCCUCUUCCUCAAGUAGUGAUAGCUCCAGUGAUUCUGAGGAUGAGACACAGAAGCCUGUUGCACUCCCUUCAGUACCUUCCUCUCAUCCAGUUUCAAUGCCGUUAAUACCACCUUCACUACCUCAGCAUCACACGUCAACAGCAGAUGUCAUCAGCAGUAGACCUGCGGAAUCUCUGAAUACAUUGCGCAAUGAUCUGCAGCUAAGUGACUCUGGAAGUGACAGCGAUGAAUAAAGAAUCCUUCAUUGUGUGACUGCAGAGACAGUGGCUGACUAUAGUGCAAAUUUUUUUUGUAAUGGACACCAAUGCCAAACAAAGGAACUGGAAGAAAAUGGCUAUUUUGUAGCGGUGUUGUUUUCAAAUGGACUUGUUUUUGAAAAUACUUAAUAAACUUUUUGUAAUAAGAAACAGCUGCAAAAUCUUGAAGGUAAUCAGUAUAACUGACCGUGAACGAAUGAGUUGUAAAUUGGGAAUAUACGCAGCUGUUGUCCUUUUGAAUUUAAUGAUGGAUUAUGCAAUACUUGAUGUCUUGACUGAAUCAACUCUGAGAGCUCUUAGUGCAGAGUUUCAAUAUCUGAUUUAUCUGAAAAAGGAAGUUGUUACAGCAAUUACAUUAUGCUGUAUGCAGGACUUAAGGUUUUCAAAAACUUUGUUUUGCAAUUUCACAGAAUUCUGGAUAUGGGUGUGUAUAAAUGUUGAUAUUUUCCUUGAAUGGAAAGCACUUUUUUUAGGAACAAAACUUGAGCUGUUUUCACUGUGAUCAGUCUAUUUAGAAUGGAGAUAACCAUGGAAAUUUGAUUACAGAUUUGCUUUUGGUACCUCCUUGAUCCAAGUGAUGUUGACAGUAAAGUUCUUUUUUUUUCCGUUA